AUGCGAAUUCGAAUUAUUGAACAACUCCAUCUACUUUCCGUGAUAGUUGGCCGUUGGUUGCUACCGCGGAAUGGCCUCAGUAGGGAUCAGCUCUCCCAACUGCUUCUUAUCAACAUCGGCAACGCUGCUGACAUUCUCGAGCUGUUUGAGGCUUUUAACGAGGAGGCCGUUCGUCUGAAUCCCCUUCUCAAAAUCUGCAUCCUCUGUCUGUGGCAAGCCAGCCUCUUCCAGUUCUGCUUUAACAAAACUGCAACGGUUGAGCCGAACACACCACUGGCCAAAUCUGCUUCACAGAGUAGCAAUAUGUAUGAGUCCACCGCGAUCAUUCGACCCAACCCGGUCUACUCCUGUAGAGGCAGCGCGCCGGUGAGUAGAAAGAUCUCCUCACGAGAAUCGAUCGCUAUAGCAGUGCUUCCAGACCGCAAGUUGGCGUCUUCUCAUCAACACAUAUUUGCCCAGGCUGCCGAUCUACGACGAAUUUCAGUAAACAAUAAUCUACGCUCAAGAGUGCAACUGCAAGAUAGCACCGAUACGAAUGGCAGCGAGAUGAAGGAUGGAGAUGCCACCAUGGACCUACAUGGACCGAACUCAAUUGAAUCCAGCUGCGGUUGUUGUGGCCGUCGUGGGGGGGCAAAUGACUGUAUGCAGGAAGGUCACUGUGGCUACAUUUGCUUUGGAACUGAGUUAUGGGCCAUUUUCAUGUCUUUGAUGCUACAGGACGUACCAUUUCUGGGUCUGCGUCUCGCUCUGGUUCUUCGCUUCAAUGUUCGCAGUUAUUCCAAUGUGUUUUUCACCUGCAAGAACAGCCUGCUAAUUUUGUUGCAGGUCUUUCGGUCGGCGGUCAUUCUGCAGGAGUGUCACCGUAAGCCCUCUCGGUCUACAAACCACGAGGUUCCACUCAUUCUCUUCUCCCAAGAUUGA